UGCAAGCCAGAUGUUCUGAAAAGCUUCCUGUCGCCGUUCUAAUGCUCCGCAUUUUUAUUUAUUAAGUUAUUGUAAAAUGUGGACUAGGACCUUUUUAUUAUUUUAUUUAAUGAGUGAAGUAAUCAGUGAAUAAAUAUCAUGUGUAUUGGAUAAACUGUGUGUAGUAACUUAAAAUUAUCGAGCGUCUCGAUGUCCACGAGUUCACUCGGGACCAACAAAGCGGCGGACAUUUUAUUUUGAGUACUCGAUAAUGUAGCGUUCGCGUCGAAAACAUUAAUGUCGUUUUAUGGUUAUAAAUUCGGAUAUCGUUCGCUUACACCUUUUCGAUGCCGAGAGGGGUGAAGCGAGGGCCGGCGGAGGGCGAGGCCGAGGUGGUGGUUCGCGCUACAUCCUCUCCUUCGCAUACCACGCUACUGGACGACAGCCCUAGCCAGCCCAUCAGCUAUCAUCUGCUCGACCAUGGCUACGGCGCCACGCCACAGCAUCAGAUCAGGCGCGAGGCGCCUACGGCACCGCCGAAGACGUCUGAAGCGGUGAAAAGAAGACUGAACCUGAGUGAGAGCAGUUCCGGCAGUCAGGGUCACGUAGUGCCCAUGAAAGCCGACUUCAAGACGCCCAAACAGAAACGCGUCAAAGUUCUCACGCCGUACAGUCGACCGUCCAGUUCUAUGAAAAAGUACACCGAACGUUCCAGGUUUGACACAUCAUUAGGUUUACUCACAAAAAAGUUCGUUGCGUUGCUGAAGUCUUCGCCCAAUGGCGUCCUAGACUUGAACAUAGCAGCUGAACACUUAUCGGUCCAAAAACGUCGUAUCUACGACAUCACAAACGUUCUAGAGGGUAUAGGAAUAUUAGAGAAGAGAUCCAAAAAUAAUAUACAAUGGAAAUAUGGCGCGGAGGCGGCGGGCGGCGGCGCGCGCGCGCGGCGGCUGCGGCGCGAGGUGCGCGCGCUGGCGGCGCGGCAGGCGCGCGUGAGCCGCGCCGUGGGCGUGGCGGAGCAGGCGCUGUCGGCGCUGUCGGCCGACCACGGCGCGCGCGCCUACAUCACCUACGCCGACCUGCGCUCCAUCCGCGACUUCCGCAACCAGACCGUCAUACCCAUCAAGGCGCCGCCCGACACGCGGCUCAGCGUACCCCACCCUGACGAGAAAGGCUACAUGAUACAUUUGAAGUCUAUGUCAGGUGAAAUCGAAGUCUACCUCUGUCCAAAAGAACGUCCUCCUUCGCCCGCAUCAACGUCGGGCGCGUUGCCGUCGGACCCGCUGCUAGAAGACAACAAGGCGUUGUUAGCGCCUCUCAUAGCGUUGCUGCAGUCCAAACCUUCUAGCUCUAUCGCCGCUGAUUUCACGACGCCAAUAAAGCGAGAGCCGGCGAGCUCUCGGCCGUCGUCGCCGCUGGUGCAGGCGCCCUGCGUCACCGACCCCACCAUGCCGCUGGCCGCCGCCGCCCACGCCGCGCGGGCCGCACUGGCGGAACACUCGCGCGCGGCGCUCGCCCCGGUGACGCCGCACGACGCGCCCACCACGCACCACGACGUGCUACACACGCCUGACAGCGGUAGCGCGCGAGGUCGACUGCGGAACGCUCUCAUAGCAGACAGCGACGACUUCGCCCCCAUCAUGGGCGGCGGCCGCUUCCAACUGCAGACGGAGGACCAGGAGUCAGAACCGCUGGAGUUGGAGCCGUUCCUGGCGCUGGAGCCGCCGAUGUCUGCGACGGACUACGGCUUCUGCCUCGACCACGACGAGGGGCUCUCCGAGCUGUUCGACUUCGAGUUCUAGUGCCGCGCGGCUCCAGCCUGCCGCGACAUCUCCAUCUCACUGCUAACCCGUCACCACAGUGCUACACUGACUAAUACUCCAGGUGUUGUUACUAUGCCGGUUCAUUCUCAACAACCUCGACAGUUUGAAGUGACAUUGAGAUGAUCGUGGUUUUAUUUACAGAACACUCUCAUAGUUUACUUAUUUAGUGUACAAGCAGGCAACUGUCGUGUUGAGCAUUUAAACCUAAUAUUUGUGCAGUAGCAGCCCCCAAGACCAACGGAAAGCAAGCUAGCGUCAAAUAAGCAAUACAUAAGGCCAUUUUCUAGUGUUUUUGAUAAAUGUUUUUAAAGUUUAUUUUCGUUAUGUCGCGAGUAUGAUAUUGAUGCCAUUUUAUUUACGGGUAUAACACUCAUCAUGUUGAAUUUGUUGUUAUGUAUCCGAACUUGCUUGCGCUUAGUUUAGGAAAUCACAUUUUACUUUUAAUCGCUUCAUAUUAAUAAAGGAAUGCGCCAGAGUUGGCAUUCGAGCGACUAUGUGAGAACGUGAACGUAUAGAGCUAAAUAAUAGUUGCGGAGAUACUCUGACGAUAUUUGGCCCAACUUCUUAAAUAUUUAGUGAGCCAGAUUCCCUGUAAAUAGCUAGUAAAAUAUGAGAGUGUUCUAUAAAUGCAAUAAGUGUGGCAAUGAACAUUAACAUCGCGCUCUUAAUUGUUAAAAUUGAUUUCGACGUAAAUUAUUUAGUUGGAUUGUUUUGUGACGUAGGUAUUUAACUAAUGCUCUGUUCUGUGGGACUGUAGGCGGCGCGGACUGGUAUGAUGCGAUAGUUUACAGCAGAUCUCUGAGGUUCCAGCUCACACCGAGAAUGUUGUUCUAUUUCACUCGCUACGAGAUCACGAAGGGGACAAUUUAUUCGUAACACGGCCGCGCAAAAUAACUAGAUGUAGGUAAGUUCUUUAUUAUUAAGGUAGAGUCGUAGGUAGUGUUAUGGAACAUUCUCAGUAGUAGCCGGGGUUAUAGACUACAGUUUACUUACAGUCGACAAACUACAACCUCGAACACUCCCAAUCUGAAAAACAUGGUGCUAAUUUCAUUUCUUCAUCGAAUAUCGUCAACUACAGUCCUACAUUAUUGGAAUAACUGAACGCUUAUAAUGAAAAUGUUCCUUGAAAGUGAUCUAAUUGAUUUAUUGUGGUAUUACUGAGUUGAGUACCGACGACCACUGGCGGGUCCUCGUCUGAGACGACACGUGGUCGAUAUCCGAGGCGGGCGCAUACUGCGGACACCAAGCCGUCACACUUUAUACAACUUUGUAAAUAUAACACAUGCCAAGAUUUUUAUGCGAUCUCCAUAGUUUGUUUUGACCCGUGAGUAGAGAGAAGACAGUACACCUGCAGUAUGCCCCGCCGGGCGCCGCGCCGUGUACAUAGCGCUCAAGGAGGCGCGGCGGCCUGUACUGUUACUGUACAUAUACACUAAUGAACGGUGAUAUCUUAGCGGCCUUCGAUUUUACUUGUAAAGCUAGCUCUUAGUGUUCCAUACGUCAUACGUUCACGUUAGGCCUGUCGUUUGCGUACUGCACAUUGUUCCGUUAUCGAUAUUACUGAUUUGCCAAAUAUUUAGUUAAUACCUGAGUUUGUCAUUUAA